UGAAGAUGGCGGAAAGUGCGAAUUUUCGAGGGGUAAAAAAGCCACAGAAUAGGUCAGCUACUGCUCGCCUUCGGUGGAAAAUGUUGGGAAAGGCACUUGCAGAACAAAAGAUUGAUGACAGGAGGACGGCAGUUUCAGUCAGAAGAUUUCUAAGCUUCGACCUCCUGUCAACCAAGGUCAUCCCGAAUACAGAUGCAGCAAAUGAAACAAGUCAUCCUGAGCAAGAUGAAGAAUAUCUUUGGUUUCAUUUUACGUGCAAGCAAUGUCAGCAGUUUGAAGCUGAUAUAUGUCAGUUGACUGGGACCCUCAAACUUGGAGAUUUCCUUGGCUUCAACAAUACUGGAAAUGUCUGUAUCUGGCCAUCAGAAGAAGUGCUGACAUAUUAUUGUUUAGGGGAUCCAGCCAAAUUUAAGAAGAAAAAUGUAUGUGAAUUAGGGGGUGGCAUGACAUGCUUAGCAGGAGUUGCAGUUGCAGUUGGUACCGAGGCAAAUGAAGUCAUUCUAACAGAUGGCAAUGAGAAGUCUAUACGCAAUAUACAACGCAUUGUUGAUAGAAAUCAGUCCAAAUUUGACCAGACUGAAGUAAAAACUUGUUCUCUUCGCUGGGAUGAAAAAUACUCCGCGUAUGAGGACCACUUUGAUAUUGUGAUAUGUGCAGACUGUUUAUUCUUUGAUGACUUCCGGGAGGAUUUGGCGAAGACCAUUCACAGUAUUCUUAAAGCUGAGGGAGAGGCCAUAAUAUUUGCUCCAGCUCGUGGCUCAACAUUCCAAAAGUUUGUUGAUCUUGCGUCUGGUCUUUUCAAGAUUGAGAAAGUGGAACAGUAUGAUGAUGUGAUUUGGGAGAAGCAUCUACAACUGUUGAAAACUAGUGAGGAUGUAUAUGAUCCUGAUAUUCACUAUCCAGUCAUGUUGAAGAUGAGCAAACCAUGAGAAAGUGUGGACCCCUGUUUCCCAAUCUCAGGACCGGUUUACUUCUGUGUAUCUGUUUUUCAUGUUCACUGAAAUAAGUCCGAGUAGAGGAACUGAUAUCUCAAUCAAGCUAGCCUGCAAACUGUGAAAUUUUCAUGAGCAUUUACCGGUAAUUGUCUUUAUCAUCGCAUGUACAAGGUCUACCAAUUCACGGAAAUUAUGCAGUAAAUGUAUUCACGUCUGAUCUGCUCAUCAUCUAUUCAUAAUAAGUUUGCUCAAAAACAAUCCAUGGCUUGCAUCACAAAUGGACUCGUUAUAAAUUUUGUUGUUGGAAAUGAUGUCAUUUUGUACCAAAAAUCUUCAUCUAUUGUAAAAUAUUUGAUACUGAUUACGUAAACCUAUUUAACUCAUUUUUUCAAAGCAAAGAAGACUAUGUUUCAAGGAAGAAAUACAUUAUUUACAUAUUUAUAGAAAUCUGUGUUUAUUUAUAUUAUCACAU